AUGGGAGUCGGAAUUUGUGUGGUCAAUAAUCCUCAUUCCAUCGAAUGGAGUCCUUUUAUUGAGAAUCGAUUAGCAGUCGCAACCUCUAACCGUCCAGGACAUACACCCAUUUCAGGAGUGAUCUAUCUACUUGAUUUCUUACCAAAAAACGAUAUUGAAAUUGAACAUCAAAUUCAACUGAAUGUUGGAUGUCAUCAUGUCUUGUGGUCUCAUAGAAAUGAAAAUGUUUUAUUGAGCUCUUGUGAUGAUCAUGUUCUUCGAUUUUUUGAUACUAAAAACAUUGACUGUAUGUAUCGAGAAUGGUUUGAUCAUGAAAAGAUUUCAAAUGUGGAUUGGGAUCAAAUAUCACUUGAAUGGAUUAUAACAGGAGCACUUGAUUCCUCUUCAAUUAAAUUAUAUCAAGAAAAUCAAGAAUCUAACGAAGCACUUCAAAUUUUUCACACUAAAAAACAUGAAUUAAUUAUUAAGGAACAAGAAUCAAAAAUAGAAAAUGUACAAGAUUUACAAGCACCACCUGUCUACGAUAUUCAAUGGAACACUCAUGCUCCCAUGCAAUUUUAUACAAGUGAUCGUGACGGGUUUGUCAGUUUAUGGGAUUUAAGGCAACACGAGGACCCAUGUGUGAAAUCAUUUCGAGUCCACAAUAGAACAUGUGCCAUGAAGUUCGAUGUGAAUGCCUUUGAUGAACACUCGAUCGCAUUGGGAUGUUUUGAUCAAUCUCUCAUGACCUACGAUUUGAGAAAUACUUCGAGACCCAAAGCACAUUUGCGCAAUAUUCAUUACUCACUCAUCACUGGUACCAAGUGGAGUCCUCACACUCAACAUCUGGUAGCAACCUGCUCCACCGAUCGAACGUUAAGAAUAUGGGAUAUGAGAGAAUCUAAUCAGUCGCCAGCCUCUUCAUCCGUUGUUGAAUCCUAUGGUGGAAGAGUUUCAAACUUUAAGAAUCAAAAAAUGGAAGAUUGGGUCAACGAUUUGGAUUGGAAUGUGCAUGAAGUAGGAUUGAUGGCUCUGUGUUGCAACGAUCAACUUGUGAAAGCUUAUAACAUUAAAGAAGAUUAA